AUGCCAUCAGGCUCUGAGGCUUUAACCUCCCUGACCACAGCGCAACCGCAGUCCAACAAUGCGUCUGAGAGGAUACAUGCCAGCGCUCACCCUCAUGGGCCGAGCUUUAGGCUCAAUCCAGAUGACGCCUUAACGCCCGACCAAACCAACGAGGACAUGUUUUAUAACGAAGACGACAGAUUUGCUUUUAGUCCAGGUCAAUUGGCCAAGCUCCUCAACCCUAAAAGUCUUGAUGCUUUUUAUGCCCUCGGCGGUCUGCGAGGUCUAGAAAAAGGCCUACGGACAAAUCGCCACACUGGUCUCAGCGUUGACGAGACCGAUCUCGAGGGGAGAAUUGCGUUUGAGGACGUCGCUCCUCCCAAAGUUCCUAAGUAUGGCGCGUAUGGCAACAGUUUACCACCGCCAAAGGAUAGGCUCGUUGGUAAACAUGCAUCCCCAGCGCCGACAUACCCUGCUGGCAGCCAAUACGCCGACAGGAAACGGGUCUUUGGCAUCAACAAAUUACCCGAGAAGAAGAGCAGAAGCUUAUUGGAACUGGCAUGGAUAACGUAUAACGACAAAAUCUUAAUCCUAUUAACCAUCGCAGCCGUGGUGUCCUUGGCAUUGGGUCUCUACCAGACCUUUGGAGUUAAGCACGAAGAUGGCGGCGCUAAGGUGGAAUGGGUCGAGGGCGUGGCCGUCAUAGCGGCCAUUCUCAUCGUAGUUAUCGCAGGCACGCUUAAUGACUGGCAGAUGGAGCGCUCGUUCAACAAGCUGAACAAGACGCGCGGCGAGCGUAACGUCAAGGUUAUUCGCGACGGAAAAUCGGUCGAGAUCUCGGUCUACGAUGUCAUGGUUGGCGAUGUGAUGCACCUGUUCCAGGGUGAUAUCGUUCCCGCGGACGGUAUCUUCAUCGACGGUCAUGGCGUCAAGUGCGACGAGUCUUCAGCUACUGGCGAGAGUGACCUGCUGAAGAAAGUUCCAGCUGAUGAGGUUUUCGAGGUUCUGGAGAGGAUUGCCAAGGGUGAACCGGCGCCGGAAAGUAUUGAGAAGCUGGAUCCGUUCAUCAUCUCGGGCAGUCAGGUUAAUGAGGGUACUGGCACGUUCCUGGUGACUGCGGUUGGCGUCAACUCGAGUUACGGUCGCAUCAUGAUGUCGAUGCAGACUGAGCAGGAAGACACGCCGCUGCAAAAGAAACUGAACGUGCUGGCUGACUGGAUCGCCAGGUUCGGUGGUACUGCCGCACUGAUUCUGUUCUUCGUUCUACUUAUCAAGUUCUGCGCGGAGCUUCCCGGUCACAAGGGUACGCCGGCGGAGAAGGGCCAGGACUUUUUGAAGCUGUUUAUUACCGCUGUCACGGUUGUUGUGGUCGCCGUCCCGGAGGGUUUGCCUCUGGCUGUCACCCUUGCCCUGGCCUUCGCGACAACAAGGAUGAUGAAGGAUAACAAUUUGGUUCGCGUUCUGCGCGCCUGCGAGACCAUGGGUAACGCUACGACCGUCUGUUCCGACAAGACGGGCACGCUCACGCAAAACAAGAUGACCGUUGUGGCCAUGACACUCGGCAGGAUGAUGAGCUUUGGCGGUACUGACCCCCCUCUCGACGACGAUACCAAGGAGAAGUCUGCUCCGGUCCCGAUCACGAUCCCCAACCUCCCGAGCGCUGAAUUCAUGAAGCGGCUAAGCACCCCGGUCAAGAAGUUCCUGAUCCAGUCUAAUGCUGUCAACUCGACUGCUUUUGAGGGCGAUGGUGAUGAUGGCGAGAAGACGUUUAUUGGGUCCAAGACCGAGGUCGCCCUGCUCACCCUGUGCCGUGAUCACCUCGGUGCUGGUCCUGUUGCAGAGGAGCGCGCCAAUGCCAAUGUUGUACAGGUUAUUCCGUUCGACUCGGCCGUCAAGUACAUGGCGACGGUCGUCAAGCUCCCGAACGGUACUUACCGCGCCUAUGUUAAAGGUGCCUCGGAAAUUCUUCUUUCCAAAUGCUCUCGCGUCGUUGAAGACUCCAGUGGUGAUGAGUUUGCCACGGCCGAGAUGACCCCCUCAAUCCGGAGCGAGCUCGAGCAGACAAUCACCUCCUACGCCGGCCAGACCCUGCGCACCAUCGGCUCCUCCUACCGCGACUUCACUUCCUGGCCUCCCCGUGAGCUGGAGGGUGUCGAGGAGAUCAAUGCGGCAGCGUUCGACAAGAUUCACAAGGACAUGACACUGGUCGCGAUCUACGGCAUUAAGGAUCCUCUGCGCCCCCAGGUCAUUGAGGCAAUUCAGGAUUGCAGGCGUGCUGGUGUCAAGGUACGCAUGGUUACUGGCGAUAACAUUUUGACUGCUCGCGCGAUUGCCAAGGAGUGUGGUAUCCUUUCCAAGGAUGGUAUUGCUAUGGAGGGCCCUAAAUUCCGCCGCUUGCCAGAGUCAGAGCUGCGAGACAUUGUACCGAAGCUGGAGGUGCUAGCCAGGUCGAGCCCUGAGGACAAGAGAAUUUUGGUUCGGACGCUGAAGGAUCUGGGCGAGACUGUUGCUGUUACUGGCGACGGUACCAACGAUGCACCUGCGUUGAAGAUGGCUGAUAUUGGUUUCGCUAUGGGUAUUGCGGGUACCGAGGUCGCCAAGGAGGCUGCGGCGAUUAUCUUGAUGGAUGAUAAUUUUGCAUCCAUCGUCAAGGGUAUUGCUUGGGGUCGUGCGGUCAACGAUGCUGUGAAGAAGUUCCUUCAGUUUCAACUCACCGUCAACGUCACGGCUGUCGUCCUAACCUUCGUUUCAUCUGUCGCCAGUGCUAGGGAAGAGUCCGUUCUCAAGGCCGUCCAGCUCCUUUGGGUCAACCUGAUCAUGGACACGCUUGCAGCCCUCGCUCUCGCAACCGACCCUCCCUCAAAAUCCAUCCUCGACCGUAAGCCCGACAAAAAGUCCGAUUCCCUCAUCACGACUGGCAUGGCCAAGAUGAUCAUCGGCCAAGCCAUCUGCCAGCUAGCCAUCACCCUUGUCCUCAACUUCGCCGGUGCCAAGCUUCUCGGCUACGACACCUCGAUCAAGCACGAAGCAACCCGUCUCAACACUCUCAUAUUCAAUACCUUUGUCUGGCUCCAGAUCUUCAACGAACUCAACAACCGCCGUCUCGAUAGCAAUCCCAACAUCUUCGAGGGCAUAACCCGCAAUAUGUGGUUCAUUUGCAUCAACCUGAUCAUGAUCGGCGGCCAAAUCCUCAUCAUCUUUGUCGGUGGCCGCGCCUUCCAGAUUGUCCGGCUUAAUGGUAAGGAAUGGGGCCUUUCCGUCGGCCUGGGAGCCAUCUCCCUGCCCUGGGGUGCACUCAUCCGUCUGUUCCCCGAUGAAUGGGCGCGCAAGCUUGUGCCCCCCAUGCCGGCUUUCAUCAAGAAGUGGCAGGAGAAGCGCCAGGAGAAGAAGCUCCUCAAGCUUAAGCAGCGUGCGGUUACUGAUCUCGAGGCUGGCGCUACUGCUACCACUGCUACGUCGACAGACCAUGAGCGCGAGAAGCCUGAACCUAUCGCCCCGGUUGCCUACACCGGUACCGGCGCAGGCUCACGACCAGUUCUCCGCUCAAGCGGGACGUUCCAGUCCCUGCCAGAAGAGUAUCUGAGACCGCAGCGGUCGCUGACUGUGUCACUUAUCCGUGGCAAGAGAGCUGAAACACAUAUCUCGGACCAUUUGCGUGGGCGUAGGAGUUUCAGACGGUCGGUCGCGUGA